AUGUUUGCUAGAGGAUCGAGAUUAUUUUUAUACAGGCCUGUUAUACAUAGGAAUUCCUCCACAAAAACCGAUCUAAAGAAGACACAGACAUGGACUCAAGUGAAGCAGUUAUUGCGAUUAGCUAAGCCGGAGAGAAAGUACAUAGCAGGAGCUGUAGGGCUUAUAGCGGUUUCAAGUGCAGUUAGUAUGAGUCUUCCUUCUGUGAUUGGAACGUUGAUAGAUCAUGCAUCCACGCCAGAUGCGCCUAUUUAUGGCUUGACUAGGAAUCAGUUUCUGCUGGCACUGGGAUCGGUUUUUGUUGUUGGAGCCAUUGCAAAUUCGGGUCGAAUAAUUAUACUAAAGAUUACAGGUGAGAAGUUAGUUGCUCGAUUGAGGACAAAGACAAUGAAAUCCAUGCUUUCACAGGAUGCUACCUUUUUAGAUAAACAUAGAGUGGGCGACUUGAUCUCCCGACUCUCAUCUGAUGCAUCAAUUGUCUCAAAAAGUGUAACUUCCAAUUUGUCUGACGGUUGUAGAGCAACGUUACAAGGUGUUGUAGGCAUUGGUAUGAUGACAUAUAUAUCAUUGAAACUAACUACUGUAAUGACAAUGAUGGUACCACCUCUGGGAAUUCUGGCCAUGCUAUAUGGUGGCAAGAUCAAGAAAAUAUCCAGGCAAUUACAGGAUAAAGUGGGUCAACUAUCAAAAACAAGUGAGGAACAAUUGAACUCCCUAAAAACUGUGCAAGCGUAUGCAGGUGAAAGGAAAGAACUACAAAGAUAUUCGAAUGAGGUUAGGAGUGUUUUCAACAUUGGAGUGAAAGAAGCAGUGGCCUCUGCUUUGUUUUUUGGAAGCACAGGUCUAAUUGGUAAUAUUGCUAUGAUAGGCCUACUUCUCGUGGGGACGGCAGAUAGUUCGAUUACCCUUGGCGAGCUGUCUAGUUUCAUGAUGUAUGGUGUUUAUACGGGUUCAUCAGUGUUUGGGUUAACUGGAUUUUAUUCGGAGCUAAUGAAAGGUUGUGGUGCUGCAGAACGUGUAUUGGAAUUACAAAAUAUGAAAACUAAAAUCUCUCCAACAAAAGGUAUCUCUCCUCCAAAAACUUUGAAGGGGUUACCUAUCACAUUCAACAAUGUGUCAUUUGCGUAUUCGAAUGGAAAAUCGGUACUGUCAGAGAUGAACUUUCAAAUACAUCCCGGUGAACAUGUUUGUUUUGUAGGUGGUUCGGGUUGUGGUAAGUCUACUAUCAGUUCAUUGCUACUACGUUAUUAUAGGACUGGGUCAGGGAAUAUUAGCAUUGGUAACUAUGAUAUAUCAGCGUUUAAUUUAAGAAAAUACCGUCGUAUGCUAGGUGUUGUUCAACAGGAGCCAUUACUUUUCAAUGGUACUAUACUGGAUAAUAUUACCUACGGGCUUCAUGACAAAUCCUUAACUGACCUAAACAUGGCGUUAAAAGCAGCCAAUUGUGAUCAAUUUAUUAAAGAGUCUCACAUGGGACUAGAUACCUUGGUAGGUCCUAGAGGUGCUCAAUUGUCUGGGGGGCAAAGACAGCGUAUAGCCCUUGCGAGAGUGUUCCUGCAAAAUCCAGAUAUCUUGAUCCUGGAUGAAGCAACUAGUGCAUUAGAUACAAAAAGCGAGGAUAUCAUAAAUAAGGAACUACAGAGGAGACAAGAGGCUGGGAUGACUACCAUUUCCAUUGCACACAGAUUGUCGACCAUUCGUCAUAGUUCUAGAGUCAUCGUUAUCGAGGAUGGUAGAGUUGUCGAAAGUGGCUCAUUCGAUCAACUAAGGUCUACAAGAGAUAGUGAGUUAAAUAAACUGUUAAAAGAGGGUCUGGAACAUCAUAAAUAG